AUGGUGUGGGAGGAGGAGGCGGUGGAAGAGGAGGAAUACGGGGAUGAGAUGGCGGCCUCGGAGGAGGAGGAGGACGUCGUGGUGGGGCAGAUGCCGACGGUGAUGGUGCCAAAGCAUAUCAAUAAGAGGGCCCUGAAGAACAAGGCGCUCUCUGUUACGCUCGACAAGAAAGCGCUCAGGGAUUUCGUGACUGGGUUCCACAAGAGGAAGAAGAAGAGAAGAAAAGAGGCGCAGAAGAUUCUGCAGGAGAAGGAGAGGAAGAAGAAAAUACAGAACCGCAAGAGGAGGAAAGAAGAGAAGGAGAUUGCUAUAUAUGGUAAAGUACUGUCAUCGGAUAACAAUGAUGGUGCUGGAUUAGAAAAUGAAGAUAACGGUGAUGAUGGUGAGGAUAUGGAAAAUGACGAACCUUUGUCUGAAAUCAAAACCUACGAAGAUGAUGGGACCAGAAUUAUAGUCACCACCAGUGAAAUUACUCCUGAAGACGAUGACAUCAGCCCGAAAACUGUCGGCCCUGUGGCGACGAGCUACACCAACAAGAAUCCUAGCUCGUUUGCCAAGAAGAACAACAGUUUAGGUGUGAAGAAGCAGCCACAGAAGAGAACGUUCAAGAGCAAGAAUAAAGCGAAAAAGGGUGACAAGAAGCGGGGUGCUGCAAAGGGUAAAAGGAAGGGCAAGGGAAGGAAGUAG